GCUGUGUCAGUCGCCAAGGUGCCCGUGAGCUAAGCCACCAUCAAGGAACUAGCACCACGAUGAUCUUGCAAUGCUAUGAGAAAGAGCCAUGAGCUUCUCGCCGUGCAGCCGACCACGUUUCAAAGGCAUCGAAUCGUUUCUGAGACGUAUUGCGUUUAAUCUCGGUAACACAGCGUCACAGACCGAAGUAAAAAUUAUAUCUUGUAUACCGAUCGACGUUACAGAUUUACAAAACAGAAUUAGCGAACUAGAAAAAGAGCUAGAAAAUUCCACGGUCCGGUGCGAAACCACCAAUGUGAAACAUAUCUGUCACACGGCUAUAGUGUCUGCUUCACCGCCAUUGUUUGAGCCUCCGCGGCCCUAUGGUUACGAGGCAGACGCUGAAAUCCGUGGAACUUCAGAAAUUGCGUCUUCCAAUACCACCCAUCCUGGGAGCACCGCUCUCCACGUCUUUCGUAACGGCAGUCGCUCAAGUGCCCGCGCGGCGCCAGACAGGGUGCACGGACCUCCUAACGACAAUGCGCUGGACCAACCGGUCGCGAGAAAUAAGUUCGAGAGAAAAGUUUCUGCUAUCCGACAUAAAAUUGUAACGAAAGUGAAAGACAAAAACGAAGAGACGCGACCAAAUAAAAGAAAGCUAAAGUACAAUAAGCCUCAUCUCGUUUACUACGUACAAACCGGAACAAAAACCCCCUUUAAUUUGUUAGUCGAGCCAUCGAAAAGCGAACAAACGACAUACCAUAACCGAAAAAACUACGAUCUGACGGGGUUGGACGAUUACGAUUACUAUUCUGUCUAUAAUAAUUGUAGCAUGAGCGAGCGCUACGUCUCAAGCAUGAUUCGAAAACAGUAUGAACAUUAUCCAAUGGGCGCUGACUUUUCAGAUGUCAGUGAUUUCUCGACGCCGGUGUGCCGUGAUCCGCCACGCGACAGCGGACCGGAGCGCUACGAAUCUGAUAUCUGCUCAUGCUGCCACGGCCCAUUUCAUAACGUUGAUGACACAAUGAGGCUCACUCAACGCGGUGAUAUGUGGGAGACCACAUCUAUACUUGGAAUGAGUCAGUACGCACAACAACAAGUCACUGGCAACAGCGCAUUCUAUGACUCUAGUCUCUACGACAUAGUGCCGGUGAAAGAGCUGCCGACGAAGCAGAGACGUGAUGAAAACGAGUAUGUAAUUCAAGAACCAAAACGAUUUGCGACUCACGAUGUCUGUCGCACAAAGGCUAAACGUGCGAAACCUCGAAAGCAGUACAACUACCAUAAUGUGGCACCGCUCCGAGUCAUCCCUAGAUAUCAUGCACAGAGGAAAAAAAAUAACACCAAAGUGAUGCCUCAAAUAAAGGACAGUCUAGGUAAAUUGGCCCACCUGAAAAGGACAGACUGGAGAAGAAGGGACUCGCCAACGAUCAGCGCUGUCGAUUACAGCCCCGUAUAUGCGCGACCAAUUUGUACUGCUAAUAUUUCGAAUAAAGGCCAUAUUAAUAGAACACCAGAAAAAGCCUCGGUUGAAGUUAAAAACGUGGAAUGUCUCACAACGAGUGUUAACAACUCAGAGUGUCAAACGGCUUCCACAAAAAGUGUUCAGCUGGAAGCCACUGAAAGCAACGAAAAUAAUACUGAAGUUACACUAAACCAAAUAAAAUCGAUCCUACAGUCGGUGUUGACGGAAGUGAAAACUAGCUCUCGAAUGAAGAAUCCUUGCGAGUGCAUUUCGAAGAAAGACGCCGUCGUUCAGAAAGAUCAGUCGCAGAAUAACAUGCAACCCGCGGUGGCAGCCAUUUCAAAAAUCAAGCCGGUGCAGGACGCCCUCUCUAGCCUCAUGAACUACAGCUACAGCCCGUACAACUUGAGGCCCUAUGGGCCGACGUGUUCACGACAGGUUCCCUCGAGCCAGUUAUCACCACCCCUUUCUCCAUUUCAGCCGAAAUGCAUGCAUAAUUACCCGCUCUUCAUACAGACCACGGGUCGCCAGUGUGCAUGCCGCUUCCGAAGCAUACCGAAGGGUGUCAACACAACCGGAUCGACCAUAGUGGCAAAUGCGCCUAAAACGCCUGUUCACCAUCCGCCACCCGCCACUAUUGCUACGAACACGGAGCAGCUCUCCGACCGCGAUACGCACCUAAGUUCCAGAAGUCCAGAAACCGACAAACUUAUCCAAGAAAUAUACAAGUCCUUAGCCGUCAAUAUGGACUACUUUACCAAAAACUCCACCAGUGAUUACAAUGAUCUUAAAUCAUCUAAUCCCUCUCAUAAGACCACCGAGAGUGGCUUACCUUCCAUUAACGAAAGGAAAAAGCGGGUGGGGCUGGCGAUGGUGCAACGCCAGUCGAAUGUGUCCAGUAGCGAUCACAGCAAGUCUGUGAAGUCACCAUCAUUGGUGAGCAAGACAACCUUGAGCACCCCUAGACACAGCCAUAAGACGCAGUCGUUUAUAAAGGAAUCGGCCGAGAACUUGCGCAGAGAACUGACCUCUCUACGUCGGCGCGGCGGCGGCGGCUUGCUCGAGCGCUCCUCCUCGAGUCAGUCCGACUACUCCACAAUCACGAGUAACGCAUCAGUGAGUUCGAAGAUCAUCACCGAACUCAAGUUCGCAGAUCAGGUUUGUAACUAA